AUGCUGAUGGCCAAAGAUCCUGAGGCAUACUAUGGCCCUGACGGCCAUGUGCGGGCUGUUGGUGGUAAUGUAGUCGACGACAUGCGGAAGCACCCCAAGUACCGUCCUAAGGAUGAGCCUUACGACGAGAAUCCACCAGUCGAUGACCCCGAAGAGGGUGAUGAGUACUCGGAGGGCGAUGAGUUCAUGCGCAAGCGUGAUUACGGUGCUUGGGACGAAGAGCCCAUGUCUGAUAGCUCAGUUCCGUUGGCUGCGCCAAUCUCAGGCACGGAGGCUGAGAAGGGCAUGCAUGACCAGCUGGAUUGGCGCUCACAGCUCGAGGACUUCUAUGCCAUCUAUGCACUCUAUGCAGCGCUGGCAGGCACAUCUAAGGAUAUGCAGCGGCAGCAGAUGACGAUCAAGUCUGGCUUCCCCAUGCUCGCGCGCUUCACCUUUGUCCCACUGCGUGGUGAGGAUAAGGACUUUUUGCACCAUCGCACCAAGGACGGGCUAGUCGAAGAGGAUGUCCUGGUCAUUGUCCGCAUGCUGACCAACGAGCCGAUUCCGAAGCGCUGGCGCAUUGCACUGCCCAUUAACCUCAAUGCGACAAUGCUGCAUACCAGCCGUGGUAUGUUCUUCUCUGGAGAUAACGUGUCGCCAGAAUUGAAGUCCAUCUAUCAGCAGCGUGUGACAUUCUACAACAAGCAUAUCCGCAUUAACACAAACAAGAAACAGACUGGUAUCGAAAACCAGCGGCUGGACGACAUGGCGGCCGGACACAGCUCUAAUGACACAUCAGUGCG